AUGCCCACGCGUGUGGUUCCGGCACAGCUGACACCUACCUCUAACCACGAAACUACCACGCCGCUUGGCUUUGCGCCCCAAGGGCACCCGCCCUCUAAAUCCCCAUCUCCCACCCAAGAUCCCAACUCGACUCUUAUGUCUCACCCUUACUCUGUUCAGCAAACUACUCGUUCCAUGGUUUCAGCCGAGUCUCCCACCUCCGCCCGUAGGAAAGGCGCGAGGGGCCCUGGAAAGAAGGAACCUCGAGAAAGACCGACUGUAUCUGUGAGGUGGGAAGAAGGCGACAUGACAGACCGCCUCAUUGACUGCAUUUUCCACAACGAACGAUGGGUUGCUGUGUUUGCCCAAGCACCAGCCAGUGGUGAAGGCUUCCAUCCACGACCCGGCCUUCCUGGUGUACCAAAACGAGAUCUACAUCGAGAGAUCGCUCGACAUUUGUUCGCAGAAGAUGCGCGAUACGCUGGCAAUGACAAGACGCAGUGGGAGGCCCUUGCAGUCAGUGUCAAGAAUAAGCUUUUCAAGCUUCAAGGUCUUUACAAUGACUGUCGGACCGCUUUAGGCGAUCUUGCAGACAUGCCUGCCGAUGUAGACCACGCCACGCUCACUCCAGAACAACUAAGUAUACUUUCUCAAGUCAGGGAGAAGUUCCCACAAUUCUGGCGUCUUCGGGAUAUCCUCGCCAGGUUACCUGCGCAAGGUACCUCUCAAAGCCCAGAAAGCACGCGGCCGGGCACAUCUUCUGCCUCUGGCAUCGGGCAAUUCUACGCAGGCCCUUCACUGAAGCGGAAAUCGGCGCCCUCACUAGAAGACAUCCGACCCUCCACACGGCCGGCACCCUUCACUGGUCGACCAAACCUCUCCCCUCGAGCCCAGCCCAACACUCAGGGUGGGGUCAAUACACUGCCAUCUUUCCUCACACCUUCCCCCCCACGAGACGGUCCUUCGAUUGCCGAUAUUCUCGGUCAGCUCGUCGAACGCCUAGAUCAACAGAAUCGUGCCGAUGAGAGACGGCGACAACAAGCCCGUGAACGAUGGUUGGAGCGGGAACUGCAGGAGAGGGAGAAGCAAAGAGAACAUGAACGAGAGAUGAUGAAGUUGCGUAUUCAGCUGGCUCGAGCCAGAGGAGAGAGCCAGGCCCAGAGCACACCAGUUGACGAGCCUGAACCGGAAGAAGAGGAUGACCUGCUGGUGGAAGCUGAGGACGGCUCGGAAGAUGCAGAAGGCGAAAGAGAUGACAGCUACUUGGCAGCUGACGAUGCACAGGACACCCCCAUGGGAUGAAGGUGCAUUGCGAAGGCGGGGCCGCCUGGACACUUCACUGAACGAUCGUAGCGAAUGCUGGUCGUUCGCAUUGCAUUGCCUAUUGUAGAGUCACU